UUAAGGAUGUUGGAGAUAAGCAAUAAUCACACCCACAUUUUUUGGGUUUUACAAAUAUAAAAGAGCUCCACCAACACAAACUGGUUAGAGACUGCAGUUUUCGGAACUUAAAGACACACAAUUCAUCCACAGCCAUGUUUCUACUAGUUCUUAUUUCAGGCUUUAUCACCUUCACUUUAUGUUCUGCACGUCAGUAUGUCUUUGUGAAUGAGAACAAGACAUGGACUGAAGCUCAGAGUUACUGUAGAGAUAAAUACACUGAUCUGGCCACUAUUGAAAAUGAACAAGAGACGAUCCAGUUACUCAACACCGUGAAUGACUUUAAUUCCAUUGAUCUGGCCUGGAUUGGACUUUAUGAUGAUCUAAACAGUUGGAAAUGGACUCUAGGGGACACUGAUUUCUUUAAAGGAGGAGAUAAACAGUUCAGAAACUGGUAUCAUUCAGAACCAGCAAUUUAUAGAGUACAUAUUUGUGUGUACAUGUUCAAUGGGAUAUGGUAUCCAACAUAUUGCUUCAACACAUAUACUUUCAUCUGCUACGAUGGAAGACAGAAUGCCAACACUAGUUAUGUUUUGGUUAAUCAAUAUAAGAACUGGACUGAAGCUCAGAGUUACUGCAGAGAGCAUCACACAGAUCUUGUUAGUAUCAGGAAUGAAUCUGAAAACCAGGAGAUUCAGUAUAUUCUCCAAAAUAACUAUGAUUCAGUUUGGAUUGGUCUGCAUAGAAGCAGUUCUUGGUCUGAUCAGAGUAACUCUACAUUCAGUAACUGGAGAUCAGGACAGCCAGAUAAUGCUGCAUACAGUGAAUACUGCACUGCUGUGUCAUUUAUUGAUGGGAAAUGGACAGAUGAAAACUGUGAUUUGUCUUUACCUUUCUUUUGCUACAAUGGUGAGUAA